UUUCACGUCUGUUCAAACGUCCAUGCUUGUAUUGAUCGCAUGAUUUCCCGCUCGCAAGGACCCGAAUUACGGUUUGGCGAGCAGUUCAAAAAGCGAGAGUGCAGGUCCUUAUGUCUAUCCGUACCCCAGUUUCUCCUUCAUCGCUAUGAGUUCUCUACAGCGCCGCUUUAGCAUGCGUCGCUCCUCAACAAUAUCCAACAAGAAUGGCGAUGCCGCCGGUGGAAGUGUAUCUGGGAGCACAUCGAGUGACGAUAAACACUCAGGUGUCCUAAAGACGCUCAAGGAUGUGAGGGAGCUUGUGAAGAAAGACCUCCCUCUUAUCCUGGAUCCGCAGAUGAUCUCUGGUGUGCUCGACGCGGUUGGAAACCUCAACAAUCUCGACGACCGCAAAAUGCUCCUCGAGCAUGUCCUCAUGCUGAUGGCGAAUACCCCACCUGACACGCAACUUGCAACAAAGCUUCAGAACGCGGUUGUCACACUGUUGUACAACGAUCUUACACAUCCGCCUCCCACUUACGUAUCAAACGAAUAUCAAUGGCGCCGGGCCGAUGGUUCCCAUAAUAACGUGAGCAUCCCCGACAUGGGUAAAGCUGGCACACCCUAUGCGCGAAGUGUGCAGCAAAUUCAUCCGCUUCCCGGUCACAUGCUGCCUGAUGCUGGACUUGUCUUCGAUACACUUCUAAAACGCGAGAAGUUCGUGAAACACCCAGCUGGUUUAUCCUCGCUUAUGUUCUCGUUCGCUGCGUUGGUCAUCCACACGUGUUUCCGCACUUCGCAUAGGGAUUGGACGAUCAACGAAACUUCAUCAUAUGUCGACCUAUCGCCUCUUUAUGGCGUCGACCAGGCAUCUCAGGACAAGGUGCGUGCACGGGAUGGCCGAGGCAUGCUCCAUCCGGAUGUCUUUGCGGAAGACAGACUGCUUCUUUUGCCUCCAGCUGUCUGCGUAUUACUCGUUCUGUUUAGCAGGAACCAUAACUUCAUUGCAAGCAAGUUACUUGACAUUAACGAGCGCGGCAUAUGGGUAGAUCCAAACACGAUACCUCAGGAUGACCCGAAGCGCACAGCUAAGCUGGCAAAGCAAGACGAGGAGAUCUUCCAAACUGCACGCCUCAUCAACUGUGGCUGGUUUGCUAACGUUGUAUUCUCGGAUUACUUUUCUGCAAUUCUUGGAUUCGUACGCAAGGGCAUCAGUUGGAGCCUAAAUCCAUUCGAGGAAAUCCGAAAGGAGGAUCAUACGUUCGUUGAGCGUGGACAGGGCAACGCCGUGAGCGUCGAAUUCAACUGCCUCUACCGAUGGCAUGCAACGACGAGCGUCGAGGAUGAGCAAUGGGUCAGCCAAGCCUUUAAGCAAUUCUUUGGUGACAAGAAUCCUGAAGAGGUUACACCAAGAGAUUUCCAGGUUGCUGCGGCAAAGGCUCAGCAAUUGCAACCUGACUGCGAGCAUUGGACAUUCGGCGGUUUGAAGCGUCAGGAAGAUGGUCGAUUCGCGGACGCAGACCUUGCUCGCAUUUUGCAGGAUGCGACUACUCAUCAUGCGGCGUCAUUCGGAGCCCGUGGAACACCAGCUAUCAUGAAACUGAACGAGAUCAUGGGCAUUGAGCAAAGCCGACGAUGGGGCAUAUGUUCGCUCAACGACUUCCGAAAGUUCCUGGGUUUGAAGCCGUACUCGAGUUUCUUGGAAUGGAAUCCGGACCCCGAAAUCGCGGAAGCUGCUUCCAGACUGUAUUAUGGUGAUAUCAACAACCUGGAACUUUAUGUUGGUUUGCAGGGCGAAGAAACUAAGCCUGUUGUAGAUGGAGCUGGCCUUUGUCCUGGAUACACUAUUUCUCGUGCCAUUCUCGCAGAUGCCAUCUCGCUGACUCGAGGAGAUCGGUUCUACACGACUGACAUGACCCCAUAUAACUAUACUGCCUGGGGUCUUAAGGACUGUCAAAAGGAUACGUCCAAUCCUGGAUAUGGCUCCAUGCUUGGACGAUUAUUCUUGCGUCAUUUACCAAGCCACUAUACGAGUGAUUCGGCGUUCACAUGGUUCCCGCUUAUGACACCCGAAGCAAUGGAGAAGUACACGAAGCAAAUGGGUGUCCGAGAACGGUAUAACUUCGACCGUCCGACGCAGGCACCUGUGACGCAUAUCAUUAGCGACUAUGCGAGUGUUGCAGGCAUGCUGAAGGAUGUGUCGGGCUUCCGGCCACCGUAUGCGGAUCGUGUUGGCGCAAUGGUAAAGGGCCAGGGUUUCUUUAUCACUUUCGAUCAGAAUGAGGAAGGCCUGAUCGACCAGAAGGAUGUUUAUAAUAUCCUCAUCGGUCCGCAGGGAUCACUGGAAGGAGUCGUCAAGCAUUUCCAGGAAAAAGCUCGCUACGUCAUUGAACGUGACUCGUACUUCCUCGCUGGCAAGAAAACGAAAAACGUUGAUAUCUCCACUGUAUUGAAAAUGAUUCCUAUCCAUUGGGUUGCUUCAGAAAUUGCGGGAAUCACGCUCAAGUCAGCUGAAAACCCUGAUGGAGAGUGGACCGACGAGGAGCUCUUCACUAUGCUUGGCACGCUUUAUGAUUACAUUUUCCUGGAGACUGAACCUGAGAAGGAACUUAACACCGAGGACCGUGCGCGCAAGUACAUGAAUAAGAUUCAUGAUGUCGUCAAGACAAACUUGCGUGCCGUGAGCGGUAGCAGGUUAUCUUUCAUCGGUUUCUUAGGGUCGGUGUUCGCAGGGCCGAAGAAACCUAGCCAUGAAUUCUUGCAGAAAAUGGUUGCGACAGGCAAACCACUCGAUGAGCUAGCCAAUGCCAUUGUAUCUGUCGCUAUUGUUGCCACAGUUGAACUCUCCCAAGCAAUGAUCAAUAUGGUCAAUUUGUACCUUGAUGCGCCCCAGCGUAGUCAUAUCGAAAGUGCGGGUGAGAACGUAGAUAUCUUGGCGGCCUUCGCUCGUGAAGCAAUGCGAAUUGACCCUCCGUUUGCUGGAGUUUACAGGGAAGCAUUGAGUGACAAGCACCUUGGACAACUUUCUGUGAAAACGAACGAGCGAUUGUUUUUGAGCAUUGCAAAGGCGAACCGUAGCCCCAACGUCUUCCCAAAUCCGACUGAAGUUGACGUUACUCGCUCAGCUGAUCUCUACCUUGCCGGGGAUGGUAUCAGCAGGUCUUUCGGGAAUACCUUCGUACACUCUGUUAUGGGCGCUGCUUUGAAGACCAUUUUUGCUCUUCCGAACCUUCGUCGAUCACCUGGAGUAUCCGGAACACUGAAACGGUUCCGAUACAAUGCUAAUGGGACGGAAUAUUAUCAAUAUCUUGACAAGAACAUGGAUCCGACAGCGUGGGCCACAUCGCUAAUUCUUCAGUAUGAUGCUUAGGACGGUUUGGUUGGAGUUUGUAGCUUCGGUGACUUUAGUACUGCAUAGAUUGUUGUAUGGCUGCAAUGCUUUAUUUCUUGUCCUCAUACGUUCGGAACUUGAAAAUCUGCAUCUCUUGCAUGUAUUACUUACACGACUAA